ACGAGGGCGUAAUCACUAAUCUGUUGGCCACGGGAGCAAGUGAGCAAGUAGUAAAAUCGAAUUCCGUGCGCCAUAUUUGUGGCGAUUUCGUGAUUUUGCGUUGCGUUUCCCCGUUAACAUCACACCGCAUAUAAUCUAACGUGAUCGUAUCAAAUCGAUAAAUUCACGGCCAAUCCGAAUCGGGAAAAAAGUGACAACUCACAGAAGAGUUUCUCGGCUCGCGGCCAUUUGUCCCCUUUCAAAACAGAGAAAAUAGAAAAGUCUUUUGUGUACCAUUCGUGUUUUGUGUGCUGCUGCGCUGCUGAAUUCUGGUCUUUGCUGAACGGCAAGAAGACCACGACAACGUCAGGACCGAUAGAGCACGCCGAGUACCGCAGCUGCGGAGAAAACCACUCGUCAGCCAGCGAGCAAAGCAGUUGCCCCAAUAGGACCCUGCCUUGCACCCUUUCAGUGUUUUAAACGAACGAAACGACCGGGCGGUUUGAAGCGAGGCCGUGACCCGUCGGUGCGCACGAGAAGGUGAUAGUUGGUCGGAGCGACAAGUGCGUGAGGUGCUGCUGAUUCUCUGGACGUCCCAGCGAGGCUCUGCGUGAGGAACUUGGAAUAAGCACGCCAAGAUGGGCACUCGAGAUGACGAAUACGAUUAUCUGUUUAAAGUUGUGCUUAUUGGGGAUUCAGGCGUAGGUAAAAGUAAUCUACUGUCAAGGUUUACUAGGAAUGAAUUUAAUUUGGAAUCAAAGUCAACAAUAGGUGUAGAAUUUGCAACGCGAAGCAUAGAGGUCGACGAAAAAACUAUAAAAGCUCAAAUAUGGGAUACAGCCGGUCAAGAGCGUUAUCGUGCAAUAACAUCAGCUUAUUAUCGUGGAGCUGUUGGCGCACUGUUGGUUUAUGAUAUUGCUAAGCAUUUAACAUAUGAAAAUGUUGAAAGAUGGCUUAGGGAAUUACGUGAUCAUGCUGAUCAAAAUAUUGUGAUAAUGUUGGUUGGCAAUAAGAGUGAUUUAAGACAUUUGCGUGCAGUGCCUACGGAGGAAGCGAAAUCAUUUGCCGAACGGAAUGGUCUCAGUUUUAUUGAAACAUCAGCUCUCGAUUCAACCAAUGUAGAGACUGCAUUCCAAAACAUACUCACAGAAAUCUAUCGAAUUGUAUCACAGAAACAAAUACGUGAUCCGCCAGAGGGCGACGUUAUUCGACCGGCGAAUGUGGAACCGAUUGAUGUUAAGCCAACUGUAUCCGCUGAUUCUGUUCGUAAGCAAUGCUGCCAGUGACCGCUUGAUGCGAGUAUCCCAACCUCCGCAACUAACAACAAACAUUUUCGUAUUUUUAGUAGAACAGAGAUAUAUGCAUAAAUAAGUUGGAUGAAUAGAUAUAUCUAAAAUAACAGAAAAAUCAUUAUAUUUAAAGCAAGAACAAUUGCUCGUGGAAAUAAAAGUUUAAAUUUAUCUAAAAAUAAAGAGACUAUAUGAAAUAGAGAGAAGGGUAAAAACCAAUGAUUUUUGUGGGAGCCAACAACAACAACUACAAGAUCAUAAUUGAAUGUAAUAAUUUCUAAUUGAAUUUAAGGAAAAUUAUCCAUUAUUAUACAAACAUUAUUGAUGAAUAAACGAAUGCAAAACAAUUUUUUAUUCGAAAA